GCCUGAAUGGCCCAAUUGGCCCACCGAAAUGAAAAAUGCUUCAUGGAGCAAAGCAAAUAGCCUCGUCUUUCCAUCUCUCUCGCUCGCUCUGAUUCUCAAGCAACAAUGGCAGCCAUGGAAGGCGUGGUACAGAACCAACCUCCUCAGCCCCAACAGCAACAACCACCGCAACCCAUGGCGGUAGAGAGGCUAAACGACGCCGUGCAGCAACAGCUGAACCUAGAGUCCGUCAAGACCCGAGCCAUCAGCCUCUUCAAAGCUAUCUCUCGCAUUCUCGACGACCUCAACGCCUACGCUUACGCCAACACAACUCCCAAAUGGCAAGACAUAUUGAGCCAAUACUCCAUGGUCAAUCUCGAGCUCUUCAAUAUCGUUGAUGAAAUCAAGAAGGUCUCCAAGGCUUUCGUGGUUCAUCCCAAGAAUGUGAACGCUGAAAACUCUACAGUGUUACCCGUGAUGCUGUCCUCGAAGCUAUUGCCUGAGAUGGAGGUUGAAGACAAUGCCAAGAGAGAGCAAUUGCUUCAUGGUUUGCAGAGCCUCCCCAUAGGUUCGCAAAUUGAGAAGCUGAAGGCAAGGAUUGAUAUGAUUGGAGCAGCUUGUGAAAGUGCUGAGAAAGUAUUGGCUGAUACUCGUAAAGCUUACUGCUUUGGAACUCGUCAAGGCAUACCUAUUGUUCCUACUCUGGACAAGGCUCAGGCUGCCAAAAUUCAAGAGCAAGAAAAUCUUCUCCGUGCUGCUGUUAAUUUUGGCGAAGGAUUAAGGUUACCUGUAGACCAAAGACAGAAUACAACUGCACUUCCAAUGCAUCUGGUAGAUGUGCUCACUGUAGGUGAUGGAGCUCAGCCUUUUGCCGAAACUUCUGGUAUGUACUUAAAGAAUACCCCUGUAUCAUCAAGUAACUUGACUGCUCAGAGCCCUUUGAUGCAGGUUUCUGGAUCACAACUAAUGGGAAGACCGGCUGCAUCUCCUGGUGGUACCAGUGUUUCAAACUUUGAUAACACAACAACAUCUCCACUGCCGUAUGCCAACUCCCCAAGGUCUAGCACAAACAUGAUGAAUACGCCAUCACCUCAACAACAAAGCCAACAACAGAAGCAACAACAACAGCAGCAACAGCAGCAAAAAUUGAUGCAAUUACCUCAGCAUCAGCAGCAGCAACUCCUUGCUCAGCAACAAUUUAGGCAAUCUGCAAUGCAAGGACUAGGGCAAAACCAACUGCAACAGCUGCAUGAUUUGCAGCAGGGCCAGGCGCAGAAGUUUCAGUCGUUACACGGACAACAUCAAAUGCAAUUUUCUCAGCCUCUGGGGCACCAGCAAUUUCAGGGUAGGCAGUUGCCUUCUGGACACGUUCAACAUGGCAUUGGUCAAAACCAACUUAAUCCAGGAAAUCAAAUGAAUCGUCAUCUUGGCCAGUUUUCUGGCACUGCAAAUAGUGCACUAUUUAAUGCUGCUCAGACGACACCGAGUCAAAUGAUACCAAACAUUUCGGCCACUAUGCCCUCACAAUCACUUCUGCCUCGAAUGCAGUUUGAAUUGUCUGGUAACAAUCCCCAGAGAAGCCAUGCUUCCCAAAUGUUGAGUGAUCAGAUGUUUAACAUGGGAGCAGCAAAUACUGGUGGUAUGAUGCCCCUACAGCAGCAGCAACAGCAGCACGGUUCACAAGGUGCAUUCGGAAACAUUCCACCAAAUGCUCAGAAUCUUCAGUCUAAUAUGGUAGCACUUCAGGGCACACCACAGAAUCAUCCCAAUUUUGGCCAACAGAGACAGCAAAAUCAGCAAUAAGACUAAUGUUUCUAGUUUGUCAACAGAAACUUCAAAACUUUUAAAUUUUUGCUCUCUGAAAAACAGAGUUAGUGUCUAUCUGUUUGGGUAAAAUAGCUAAGAAUUGGCAAUUGGCACUAACCUGGUGUAUGUAAUUGUUGUUAUUGACCUAUAUAAAAGCUUGUACAUGCUGUUUAUUAUUUAGUUUGUAGAAACACUUUCCAAUUCAGUGAUAAUCUCUUACACUCAA